GCUCGCGGAAAAAUGAGUUUAAUAAACAAAGUUGCGAUAGUUACUGGAGCCAGCUCUGGCAUAGGAGCUGCUAUAGCUGAAAAGUUCAGCAAUGAAGGAGCACAAGUUGUUAUGGUUGGACGAAACGAAAAGAAACUCGCUGCUGUAGCCGCAAAAUGUAAAGAACCUUUAUUAAUCAAAGCAGAACUCGGCAACGAAGACGACACAGUGAGAAUCAUAAAAGAAACACUUAAACGAUUCGAUAAAAUAGACAUUUUAGUUAAUAACGCUGGAACAAAUGUUAUGGGCAGUAUUUUAUAUGGAGAUCUAUUGAAAUCGUAUGAUGAAGUGAUGAAAAUAAACUUCCGUGCGAUCGUGCACUUGACGCAACUAGCCGCGUAUGAGCUGAUAAAAACUAAAGGAUCGAUAGUCAACAUUUCGAGCAUAAACGCUCAGCAACCAUCGCCAGUACCUUUUUUGAUGAUGUAUUCAGCUUCGAAGGCUGCAUUAGACCAUUUUUCUAAAGACGUGGCUAAGGAAUUAGCUCCCUACAAAGUAAGAGUCAACGUUAUAAGCCCUGGACCGGUGCGAACUGAUAUUUUGGAAAAUACAAAUGCUCCUAUAUGUUGGGAGGACGUGCCAAAACAGACAGCACUAAAUAGAGUGUCUGAAGCAGUUGAGAUUGCAGAACUUGCGUUGUUUUUAGUCAGCGAUAAAGCUAUAGGAAUUACUGGUUCUAUCUUUGUGGCCGAUAAUGGAGAAUUGCUGAAAAAAUAAUAUUUAUACAAAACUUUAGAUAAUUCAAAUGCAUAGAUAGUGCAGUGUAAUGUGAUAAAAAUUAAUUAUAUUAUGGUAAAGAAAUAUAAUGAAUAAUAUAGCUACGUAGUACCUUACCAUAGUGGCGGUAUUGAUAUAAAUAAUAAUAAAUACAAAAGUUGGUUAGGUACUAAAAUUUGUUGGAAGCAAAUUAACGAAAAUGUGGUAAAUAAUGUUUGUGUGCGUUAUCAAUGUUUGAACGCAUUUAUGUAAAAAAAAUAUGUCUGAAGGACACAACUUCCUUUACCUAAAUAUUAAGUUUUCCAUACACUAAGAGCCAAACUCAAUAUUA